UGAAUAAUUGACUUCUAGCAGGUUUCACAGAUGCCAUGCUGCUAAUUUCUUGAGACAUACUUCAGGUUUCAUCCUCCUUUUGUGUGAUGGCCUUUCCACUUUAUAAGAGUUAAAACCUCUAAUUUCUGUGACCCACAGACUGCAAAGGCGGGGAGUUUGGAUUGCUAGACGUUAAGAGGAUAAUCAAGAUGAAAAGGCGGGUUUGUGCUUUGAUAAGCCUGCUUCAAUUCUUAAUUUGUGGUUACGCACAGCAGCCGAAUGGGAAUAGCACUAAUUUUUCCUUUGCCUACUUCAGCCAGAACAACAGCCAGCAGCUCAUAUACAUGGGGAACGCUUCCUUUCCGGCUGAGCGGGGUUAUAUUGAUCUCACACCAGAUCCAUACGCCACUUUAAACGUUUCUCUUCCAAACGAAACGGCUUCAAAUGUGGUGUUUCCGAACUGCAUCGGAAGGGUUCUGUACCGGCAGCAGCUCACGAUGUGGCCGGUGAGUUUCACCACCGUCUUCACCAUCUUCGUCAAACCCGUCGUUUUCAAUGGUGACGGUCUUGCCUUCAUCAUCGUCCCGAACAACAAAAUCUUUUUAGCAGGGAGCGACCGGGCUAUGCUCGGCCUCUUCGACUCUUCCACAAACGGAAGCACGACUGGGCAACUUGCAAUCGAAUUCGACACGUACAAGAACCGAUUCGACCCGGACGGCAAUCAUGUGGGCAUCGACAUCCAGGGCAUCAUAUCCAACGUAACCGCGGGUAUGGGAGAACACGGCAUCGACAUCAAGGCUGGGCGAGCUAUACAAGUGCGGGUCGACUAUGACGGGUGGGCUAAAUCCCUGCAAAUCUAUGCGCGCUAUGCAAACAAUACUUCGGCCUACGCGAGCAUUCUGAACCACACGGUGGAGCUCGAAAACACUGUUCCAAAAUCGGCGUACGUGGGAUUUUCUGCGUCAACAGGAAGUUCAUACGAGAUACACAGAAUUCUCGACUGGAAUUUCAGCUCGGUGAUUUUACCCAACUCUUCUCUUAAAUUGCUCCCAGUGAAAACGCCCGGAGGAUCUGGCGGUGGGGUCGAAAUCGGCGUCUUGGCGGGAUCCAUUACAGUCGGAUUAGUUCUGGUGGGAUUAUUAUUAAUCUGGUGGUUCGUGGUGAAGAAAAAGAAGGCUGCUUCAAAUCUUGGAUACUUCAGCCGGGAACUGGCAGUGAUUCAAAACGCGCCUCACCGGUACCCUUACAGGCAACUCGCAGCCGCCACAAACAACUUCAGCGAAGCGGAGCUUCUGGGGACUGGCGGGUUCGGUAGCGUGUACAGAGGAAACCUUAGCGGCGGAGGGAACGAACUGGCGGCGUUGGUAGCGGUGAAGAAAAUUUCGGCGGGGUCAAAACAGGGGGCAAAGGAGUUCAUCUCAGAAAUCACCACCAUUGGUCGCCUACGCCACCGGAACCUGGUGCAGCUUCAUGGCUGGUGCCACGAGCGCGAUGAGCUUCUCCUUGUCUACGAUUACAUGCCCAACGGAAGCCUGAACAGAUUUCUCUUCAACAGAACAGGGGUCACGCCCUUGAAUUGGCCCCGGCGUCACAGGAUUUUGUGUGGCCUGGCUUCGGCUCUACUGUACCUGCACGAAGAAUGGGAGAAGAGGAUCGUUCACCGGGACGUGAAGCCCAGCAAUGUGAUGCUCGACGUGGAGUUCAACGCCCGACUUGGGGACUUCGGUCUGGCCAGGUUUAUCGAGCACGACGAUUCUACUCCUGAUGUGACGACCCGGCUGGCGGGUACGCCCGGGUACAUGGCACCAGAGUGCAGCUACACGGGCAAGGCAACCGCAGAGUCGGAUGUGUUCAGUUUUGGGAUCGUGCUGUUAGAGGUUGCCACUGGUAGGCGGGUGCUGGAGCGGAAGUCUCCAUUGGCUGAAGGGAAUUUUGGUGGACUGGGUUUGGGGGCUCUACAGCCAGAAUAGUGUUUUGGAGUGUGUGGAUCCCAAAUUGGAUGGGUCUGAUUAUGAUGCAGAGGAGAUACGAAGGGUGUUGAUCUUGGGGCUCGCCUGCUCGCAUCCUGAUCCACAUUUACGCCCUUCUAUCAGACAAGCUGUUCAAGUGCUCAUAAACCCUAAUAAAGAGCUGCCGCAGCUCCCUUCCACCAGGCCGAUGGCGAUCUAUGUUGUUUUGCCACCGGUUGGAGCUGUGUUUUCUCACUCCACCUUGUCUAGUCUCGUGCCCGAAAGUAGCAUUGGAACCAUUACUACUUCAGUACAUAAUGGGAGGUAAGUCCCCUCCCUUUAUUCGUCUUGCUUUCCUUUUCUUAAUCUGUCGGUUUAUGGUGAACGUUAGGUAGCUUUGUGUAGUUGUCUUAUGUAUAUAAUUUCUAAGUAAGUUUUUAUCACCAAUGUUUCAUAUCGGUGACCUAUCAUCAGAUUAAUCUUAACAUACAGUUUUAGCAUCAGGUUAAAUAAGAUCUUUAUAAAACAGAAACAACUUUAAGAUCAACAUUUUUUAUCAUAUGUUAUAAAAUAAUUAGAUCGA